GCUCUCUCUUCAAUUCUAUAUCCAAACCGUUUGCGUCCUCUUCUUUUUGUAUCUUCGCUUUCCAACUGCAAACCUUAGCAAACUACUACUGAUCAUCAAUCGCCGGAAAAAUCACCGUUGUUGAUCGACGAGAAUGAGUAGCGGUGGCGGGAAGAGAAGGACACGAGUAGGCAAGUACGAGAUUGGCAAGACGUUGGGCGAAGGCAGCUUCGCCAAAGUCAAGUUCGCUAAAAACCUCGUCACCGGUGAUGCCGUCGCCAUUAAAAUACUCGAUCGCGAGCGUAUUCUCAAACACAAGAUGGUCGAACAAAUGAAAAGAGAAAUCUCAACCAUGAAGUUGAUCAAACAUCCCAACGUUUUAAAUCUCUAUGAGGUUAUGGCAAGCAAAACAAAGAUCUAUAUUGUUCUUGAGUAUGUUGAUGGAGGCGAGCUCUUUGACAAAAUAGCCAAACAUGGGAGACUUCAAGAAGAUGAAGCUCGAAGAUACUUUCAGCAACUAAUUAAUGCUGUAGAUUACUGUCAUAGUAGAGGCGUGUAUCACAGAGAUCUCAAGCCUGAAAAUCUUCUCUUGGACUCAUAUGGUGUUCUAAAAGUUUCAGACUUCGGAUUGUCUCAACAAGUGGAAAAUGGUAUGCUGCACACAGCUUGUGGGACUCCAAAUUAUGUUGCUCCUGAGGUGCUCACUGUAAAAGGUUACAAUGGUGCAGCCUCUGAUAUAUGGUCUUGUGGAGUUAUCCUUUUUGUCCUCAUGGCAGGAUACUUACCAUUUGAUGAAGCAAAUCUCAUUGAAUUAUAUAGAAGAAUUGAGAAGGCUGAUUAUAGAUGCCCACCAUGGUUUUCAUCUGGUGGAAAGAAACUGUUGACACGAAUUCUUGAUCCAAACCCCAAAACUCGAAUAACAAUUUCUGAAAUCUUGGAAAAUGAUUGGUUCAAGAAAGGUUAUAAACCUCCAAAUUUUGAGCAGGAAGAAGAUGUUAGCCUAGAUGAUGUAGAUGCUGUUUUCAAUGAAUCAAAGGAACAUCUUGUUACAGAAAAGAAAGAGAAACCUGAAUCCAUGAAUGCCUUUGAGUUGAUCUCAAGAUCACAAGGUUUUAGUCUAGAAAAUAUGUUUGAGAAGCAAAAGGGUCUUGUAAAGAGAGAAACAAGUUUUGCUUCUAAGUGUCCUGCUAAUGAAAUCAUGUCUAAAAUCGAGGAAACUGCAAAACCCAUGGGUUUUAAUGUUCACAAAAGAAAUUACAAGAUGAAAUUACAAGGUGACAAGACUGGAAGGAAGGGCCACCUUGCUGUGGCUACAGAGGUUUUUGAAGUGGCUCCCUCACUACACAUGGUGGAGCUCAGGAAAACCGGCGGCGACACAUUGGAAUUUCAUAGCUUCUACAAGAACUUUUCUUCGGGAUUAAAAGACAUAGUUUGGAGCAGCGAACCAAAUAAAGAUGACAACAGAAGAAAAUCAUGAAAUGUGAGAAGUCCAAGACAAGGCAUCAUCGUGGGUGAAUAAUAUUGGCAAUCUUGACAUUAUUGGUAACAGAAGUUGCAAUCCCAUUUUGUGUUGUGACUUUUUGAUAUGCUCAAAUGUAAGUGUAAGAACCAUAAAUAAAUAUAUUAUCAUGUUUAGCUUUAUUAUAUGGUUGAUUGUAGGAUUUCUUUAAUAAUU